AUGAAAGCUAAGUGCAGAGUAGAAGAUGGAUCACUGUCAACCAAUGAGUUAUCCAUUGCUGAAGACUAUUGGAUCUUCGAAGCUCAAAAACAUAUCCAUGGUAAAGUUCAAAGGGGUGAAUUUAAAUCAUUAAGUCCCUUUGUGAAAGAUAAUCUGAUACAUGUGGGUGGAAGAGCUGAUAAUGGAACAUUAUCAUAUGAACAACGACAUCCUGUGCUACUACCUAGAGAUGACCACAUCUCAUACUUGAUAACUAGAGAUGUGCAUGAACGAGGACAUUAUGGAAUUGCUGCAACUGCUGCAAAGGUUCGAAGCAAAUAUUGGAUAGUAGGAGUUACCAGCCUUGCUAAGACAGUGAAAUUCCGAUGUGUGAAAUGCAGAAAGUUUAAUCACCGUGUUGAAACACAAUUGAUGGCGGAACUACAUGCAGAAAGGAUGGCUCCGUUUACAACACCAUUUUAUUACACUGCAUGUGACUACUUUGGCCCAUAUAAUGUCAAAAUAGGAAGAAGUAAGACAGCAAAACAUUACGGUGUUAUAUUUAUAUGCCUGAAUACCCGAGCAGUACACCUAGAAGUCGCCACUGAUUGUUCAACGAUGGAGUUUAUGCAAGUGCUUAGACGUUUCUUCGCAAUCAGAGGGAAGCCGAAGAUGAUACAAAGCGACAACGGUACACAGUUUAUUGGUGCUGAAAGGCAGCUGAGAGAAAUGAUUCGAGGUUGGACUAAGAGGGAACUAACAGAGUUUUGUGCCGAACAGGAAGUUACGUGGAAAUUUAUCACACCGCUUGCUCCUCUUUAG